AGCGGCCGGGCGGCGCGGGAGAAGUUGGCUCUGGAGAGUGGUGACUCAGAGGAGACCACAGGCAGCAGGUGGCCGAGGCCAUGGCCUCCGACCUGGACUUCUCACCUCCCGAGGUGCCUGAGCCUACUUUCCUGGAGAACCUGCUGCGGUACGGACUCUUCCUGGGGGCCAUGUUCCAGCUCAUCUGUGUGCUGGCCAUCAUCCUACCUGUUCCCAAGUCCCACGAGGUGGAGGCAGAGCCCUCUGAGCCCAGAAGUGUGGAGGUGACGAGGAAACCCAAGGCUGUUGCUCUUUCUGCCAGCAAGAGGCCCAAGAAGGAGGCCAAGAAGAAGCGGUAGAAGAGGCCUGCAGAGCCAGGCGGCCGGGCGGGGGCCUUUGGGGGCAGCCCUCCUGGGACUCAACGUCCUGUUCCCUCAGUCGUCCCAGGGUCAGGGCUGAAGUGGCUGGGCCGCUCUCUGACCACAGAGAUCUGGACAAUCAUGGCAGUCCCCAGGCCCCAGCUGGGCAGCCCACCACUUCCUCUUCCUUCUGCUUCCGGGACCGUGCGGAGCCAAGGGGACUAAGACACCCUGUGUGCAGAGGCUGGGUAAGAAGCCUGUUGGUUCAGAAGUCCGGUCCGCUCAGAAUGACAUUUCCAUACUUCAUCAUUGUGUCCGGCCUUCAGGCCCCCACUUGUGGAUUCACACUACAUUG